AUGUAUAGUGUAUAUGAAACACUUUGUGAAGGUCUUGAUGAGGAAUACAAAGUACAUGGUUGUUAUAGGAAUUUGGCAGAAUUGUUCAUAAAGUUGGCAGAAUUUUAUUUAAGCGGUUGUAGUGGUCACACACUUGUGUGGUUUGAGGAAGAAUACAAGUUUUAUGUUUCCCUGGGUGGUGAUGGGGCGCCUUUUGGGAAACAUGAUACUGCAUGUGCGUGGUUGGUUGGAUUUUUGAACAUUGGCCGAGGAAUUUUGAGUAGCAAUGAAAACUUUUUGUUAUUCGGUGCUAAUUGUUCAGAAAAUUGCAUUCCAGUUCAACGUUAUAUUAAGAUGCUAGUGUCUGAUGUACAACACCUUGAACAGCAAACUUUUAAAUGCACAUACAUUACAUCAGAAAGCCAGACAUGUACAGUUGAUAUCAAAUUUCAUAUCUCGGAAUUCCCUAACGAUUUGAAGAUGGUUGCAUUUUUGUGCGGUGAGUUGACUAAUAGUGCCACAUAUUUUUGCUCAUUUGCCAAUGUUUCUAGCAAAGAUGCCACUGAUUUAAACGGCCAGUUUGGCAAGGAAAAAGACAAAAAAUGGCAUCCGUGGAAUUAUUCGGAAAGGGUACAAGUAGCCAAAAGUGUUGAAACGUUCAAGCAGACUGUCGCAAAGCAAAAUAUAGCAGAAAGUACUAAGCGAUCCAAAGUAACUAAUUUCAUAGCCGGCAAAAGAAGUAGGCAAGAAUUUAAACCACUCCUAGGCCCAAUGGUUGAUAGGAUCCAUAUUGAUCCUUUGCACCUAAAAAAUAAUGCAUGUGCACUAGCCCACAGGCUACUUCUACAAGAGGUAUUACUGAUUUCUCAAUUACCCAGUGCAAUAAAAUCAUUUUUGCAGGUUCCCAGCACUUCGCCAUUUCACAAAUAUAUUGAUGCAAUGAGAACUAAGUGCAAUCUUAGAAGACUUGCAAACAAAAUUAUUAGGUGGUUCAAUGAAAACCGAGAUAGCAAGUUUGAUUAUAGAUUCACCGGAAAAGAUUCUCGGUGCUUUUUGCAGAACUUCAUGUUUCUAAUUGCUGCUAUGGAACCAUUUUUGAAAGAUAAAACUAAGGCAUUGUUUACAUUUCAUGUACUUGCUUACUUGUGUUUAACCCUGCGGGAUUGUGUUUCUGUGUUCAGUCGAAUCGAUGUAACCGAUUCACAGUUAGAUGAUUUGGAGAAAAACUGUCGAGAUUGUGUUUCUGUGUUCAGUCGAAUCGAUAUAACCGAUUCACAGUUAGAUGAUUUGGAGAAAAACUGUCAUAUUUUGUCCUACAUUAUCUGUAUUUUGACCACCACCCUACUGCAUGGACAUUGGGAAACAUUGUUCCUGAGCAUGCUAGAGAUAUGA